AUGGAAGAUGAUCGAAGUAACGGUCACGAUCUGGAUUUGGAAAAAGCCGACCGACCGGUUUGGUUGAUGAAGAGUCCUGUAGUUGUAGCCAAGGCGUGGGAGAAGCACGGUCCUUCUUCUUCCUCUUAUUAUUCGUCUUCUUCCUUGGAAUCGCCUAAUUUGGCCAAGGUUGUUCUCUCCGUUGAUCCUCUACGGUCCGAUCCUUCUCCUUCUCCCGAGUUCACCAUGGAUAUGUCUGGUGCUGAGUAUGGGAACAUGCCAAAGAGCUACGCUUUGAACAUGUUUAAAGAUUUUGUUCCUAUGGAGGUCUUCUCUGACGUCCAUCAAGUUAACCUAGCUGCUGAAGGAAAGAUAGAGCACAAGUUCGACAUGAAGCCACACGGCGAAAACAUUGAGGAAUAUGCAAGGCUUUGUAGGGAAAGAACAAGCAAAGCAAUGGUUAAAAACCGACAGAUACAGGUUAUCGACCACGGCCGCGAAGGAAAUAUAUACUUCAGGCCCCUGUCUGUACCGGUUGGUUUAACUUCCUCAAAUUCUAAGGACAAGAAGAGACCUGCCCCAGUCAAGCAAACGGAAGUGAAGAGGACGAGGAGAGAUCGUGGUGAGCUCGAAGCUAUAAUGUUUAAGCUAUUCGAAGGCCAACCGAACUGGACACUGAAGCAGCUGAUUCAGGAAACAGACCAACCAGCGCAAUUUUUGAAAGAAAUACUAAACGAGCUAUGCGUGUACAAUAAGAGAGGUUCGAACCAAGGGACAUAUGAGCUUAAACCAGAGUACAAGAAAGCUGCUGAAGAAGAUACAGGUGGCCAGUAA